AUGUGUCCGAGAGACGAUCCGGAGGUUGAGGAAUGGGAUGACAUCCUCGCCGUGACUUUGGAAAAGCAUGAGGAAAGGCUCCGGAGAGGAGAAGAGAAACUGCACCAAGGGAUGGCACCUGUCCAAGAGAAAAUGUCACAAUCUGACAAAGCGUUUGAAGAGGACACAAAUCAUCUUCCUGUGGAUCAGAAACGGCCCGGACCAGACGUCUUCAGAGAAGAUGAAAUGUCAGACCGAAAUGCGACUGUCAGUGAACAAAACAGUGCUGAGCACGAAUCACCAGAGGGACGUUUCAUUGAUAAUGCAGGUCCAAGUCAGCAGGAAAGACACAACGAGCCUCAACCUGCAAUGAAAACUUCACAAAUCACUCAUGAGCAGAGGGGAGAAGACAUCCUAACUGAUAGUUUUAGCAAAGUGUUUACCCCACAGGGUGAACACACGAUGCCAAAGAAGGAAGAACUCAGCCCUGAAGAACGAGAAACACUUUUUUCACACGUUCACACAAACAGAGAGACUGAAACUUCAAAGAACGCCAUAGCAGAGUGGGAGAAGGAUUACCUCUGGUACAUUUGGAAUACAUUCUCCAUCUUUUCAAUGAUUCGCUUCUUUUGGAAAUACCUCAUUAAAAAUUCCCAGGAGAAAAGAGACCUGAAGGCCUUUCCUGGGGACAGUGUUGCUGAUGAGGUUUCUCUGCCUGACGCCCAUACUCUGCACCACUUUCAUGCUAAAUGUGUUAAAGUUUUGAAAGAGAAGAAGCUGAGGGAGGAUGUAUUUUUAGAGGGAUUUGCAAAUGACCUUUUGGAGGCCAUGAGGAAUAUCUGCGACAAAGAUGGCGGCAUGGUGAUUAAGGACUUUCAGAUGGUGAAUCCGUGUGAUAUUGUUGUUGAUUUUACUCCACCUGAGCCUUACGAAUUCCAGUCUCUGCUCUGGAACAACCAAGUGAGUGACCCAUUGUUGGACACGCACGUUUGUGGUCAAUUAAAACUGGUGGAAUGCAAGAAAAUUCAAAAUGGCUGCCACUGCCAGUCCUCUGAGGCCAAUGAUGAUAUGGUUUGUUUGCUGCAUACUGAGAAUGAGACGGUGAAGACAAAAAAAGUAGAUGUUAAUAAUGGUCUAUUGUGUUCAAAGAGCACUUCUCUCCUGUCAAAAACCCAGGUAACCAGAUGGUUUAAUAGGACUCUGAAACAAGCAUGGGCACUGAUUUCACAUAAGUAUGAAUUUGAGCUCGGCAUCCGCUACGUCGAGGCUCCGGGCGCUCUGGUGAUUCGAUUCAGAUCAGGGAAAAAGAUCAACUUCAGUAUGAAUCCAGUGGUUAAAUUCAACACAGAUGCUCAUUUUUUCAUCACGCCCUGGUCCUCCAAGGAUUUGGAUACUUUCUGGACACUCUCACUGACCACAUACGAAGACAGAUUCUUUCAACAUCUCUCCAAACGCCUUCCUAAAGACUCUUGCCACAAUCAGACUCUUGAGAUUGCAUGUUUCCUGCACAAGAGGCAGACGAUUUUAUCAGGAAGUACAGCUCUGAAAGAUUUCCACUUCAGAGCUGCGCUAAUGCACCUUCUGCUUCUGACCAACAAACCAGCAGCGUGGGGACCAGACCAAGUGACCCUUAGGCUACGAGACCUGCUGACCUUCAUGCAGAAAAGCCUAGAGAAAAAGGUUCUGAACCAUGUUCUCAUUGGCAACCCUUUAACUGAGGUUAUUGGACUGCCCACUGAGUUCUCCAGAGCAAAACCAGUAAACCUCUUCCAUCCCCUUGUGGUGCAUGAUUGUAUAUACAAAAAUGCUGUCAUGCAUUUUGAGGAAAUGCGCAGAAAUGCACACAUGCUGAUAGACGAAUACGUUGCUCAGAAUUAA